AUGUUAGAGCGAAAAAAGCGAUCAGCAUUUUAGAUUUACUUAUCAAUAUAAACAAACCAAUUAUCGGCAAUUAAAGUGAUCGUUUUUUAUUUUUUUUGGGAGUUAUGAGUUAAAAUGACACUCGAAUCAAAUACGGCACUAAAAUGGAGAAGAGUAGCGAAUACUUCAGGACCACAACCACGACCGCGACAUGGACACCGAGCAGUUGCUAUAAAGGAAUUAAUGAUAGUUUUUGGUGGAGGAAAUGAGGGAAUUGUGGACGAAUUGCAUGUCUACAAUACAGUGUCUAACCAGUGGUUUGUUCCUGCCGUGAGAGGCGAAAUUCCCCCAGGAUGUGCCGCUUAUGGAUUUGUUGUAGAAGGGACCAGACUUCUCAUUUUUGGAGGUAUGGUGGAGUUUGGAAAGUACUCAAAUGACCUCUACGAACUGCAGGCAAGCAGAUGGGAGUGGAAGCGACUCAAACCCAGACCACCGAGGAAUGCGCCCUCUCCCUGUGCCCGGCUGGGCCACAGCUUCAACAUUCACAGCCACAAAUGCUUUCUAUUCGGCGGACUGUCUAACGAAAGCGACGAUCCCAAGAAUAACAUACCUCGCUACUUGAAUGAUCUGUAUGUACUGGAAUUGCGACCCAGUAGUGGAGCCACUUCAUGGGAGUUGCCGUACGUCACCGGCCAGCCUCCCCCCGCCCGGGAAUCACACUCGGGGGUGGUGCACUGGGACGAGGCCAACAACAGCACCAAGAUAUUCAUCUACGGCGGUAUGAGUGGAGUCAGACUGGGCGAUUUGUGGGUACUCGACAUAGAGAACUACGUUUGGAGUCGACCAGUGAUCCAGGGCAUAUGUCCCUCCCCCCGUAGUCUGCACACGGCGACCUUGAUAGGCGACUACAUGUACGUGUUCGGAGGAUGGGUGCCUCUAUACAUGCCACUCUCGUCGUCGGAGGAGCAGAACAGUCCGAGUGGAAAUGGAGGAUCCGCUGGCCCAUCUGCGACUGCUCAAGAGAAGGAGUGGAAGUGUACUAACACGCUGGCAAGGCUCAACAUAAAGACUAUGCGGUGGGAGAGUGUCAGUGUGGGAGAGAUGGUUGGGGGCGGGGGCUACCACGAGGCAGAUGUGGCUCCUAGAGCAAGGGCAGGACACUGCGCUGUGGGCAUCAACUCCAGACUAUACGUGUGGAGUGGACGAGAUGGCUACAGGAAGGCAUGGAACAACCAGGUGUGCUGCAAAGAUCUGUGGUACUUGGAGACAGAGCGUCCAGUGGCCCCUGGAAAAGUGCAUCUGGUGAGAGCGAGCACACACAGUCUGGAGAUCAGCUGGAGUCCAGUUCCCACGGCAGAUGCCUACAUACUCCAGAUCCAGAAGUACGACCAAACCCCCCUUCCCCUCCCGGCGGUCACUCCAGUGGGGGUGGGGACUCCAGUUGGAGAGGCACAGCUCAACGAGAAACAGAGAUUGGCCUUGUCUGCUUUGUACAGCAACAGCAAAGCUGAAGUGUCAGAUUUGGUCUCGAACCGACUUUCUACCACUCCCGCCAAUGCAGCCGCAAUCUCUGUCGAGAGCCAUACAGGAGGAGCAUUGCAAUCUAAACCAGUGACGCUGGUGAAGCCCGCAAUCAUCUCAUCCGCUCAUCUUCAGCAGCAGCAGAUCUCUCAGCCGAUGAUGACCAAAGUGGUGCCGAAAGUGGCAGUGUCCUCGUCUUCCGUGGGUGGUGCAGGAGGAGUUCUGGUGAAGCCGGCCCAGAUUGUGACACUUGGUGGAAACAAACAGCCCAUUACAGCCGGACAAAUCAAAGCACGCGGCUCCCUCCCCCCUGGAACUGUGAUCAAAGUGAUCAAAAGUGGCGCGUCAGGAGUGACAACUGGCACUGCAGGUCCAACAGUGGUGCGGGCAGCCUCUGGACUCGCAGGUGCCGGCGGCUCAGCGCCCACCAUCAUUCGGGCUGUGAGACCCCUGAGUGGAGGCAUACAGACUGGGGUCGCUGGAGUGGGCCAAUUGGGAGCCAAUCGAAGCCCAGUUGUCCUACAGUCAAAUCAACAACCGCACCGCGUCGUUUUGGGAGGUGCUUCUUCCUCCGGCACUUCUCUGGCCUCGUCUUCCUCUGUUGCGAGCAGCAGUGUAGUGGGAAGUGGCUCUGCAAACAUCAUCCGGAUCCCAGCAGGAGCCACAAUUAACGUGGGGGGACCAUCUCAGAUCAUGAAUCCUCUGCCCUCCAUGGAUGACAACGUGCUGACAAAUCUAGAUGAAGAAAUGCCCCCUGAGAACCCGAUGACAGAACAUAUCCCAACUUCUCAUCAUCAGCAGCAAAAACAGUUCAAAACAGGCGCAGUUGCUCCACUUUCGCCUGAUUUCCAUGCGGACGGGGGAGGUUUCGAAGAAGGUGAAGGAGAUGAACAAGGGGGAAGUAGAGAUGAGCCCGAUAUUGGGGGUGCUCCCGAAGUGAACCAGGGUGCCGAGGAGACGGGCGAAGUGACUCCUGUGGAGAGUGCAGUGGAAGCAGCAGCUCCGGAAAACCAGCUGGGCGCCGAUGUUCCUGUAACAAGCGAACAACUCGAUGGCUCGCCAGUGAAGAGCGAACAAGACGCAUCGCAUGUCUCGCAAGGGGUUGAGUCAGAUUUGAAAACGGAAGAGAAUCUAGGUGGCGACGGGGAUGUAAAAGAGGAAAAACCCGUGUUAGGAACUGAAGCAACUUCCAUUCACGCAACGCAAGUAUCGCCCAGUAAAAUGGAACAUACAGAUUCUAAGGAAGAAGAACAAAAGGAUUUUUUGGAUCAAUUUGGAAGUGCUUCUGGUUUCCAGCCUGCAGUAUCAUCUGACAUCUUAGACCAAUUUGAGAACAAACUGGAGAUCCCCAAGAAAGAAGAUAACGUUGAUGAGAAACGAGAGGCUGAGGGUGAUAUAUUAGACCAGUCAGAGUUCAUGGAGUUAGGAACAACGUCUAAUCAGGCAGAUGAACUAAAGAAUGAACUGGACCAGCAACCAGAUAACCGACAACAACAAGACCUUAAUGAAGAUUACAAAGAAGAAAACUCCAAUGGUAUUGGUGACAUGUUUGAAACUAACCCUGAAUCAUCAAGAUUAGUUCAGUUUAGGUCUCAAAUUAACGACGAUGUGACGUCAUCGGCAGUCCAGGAAGGAGUUGAACAGUUUCUGCUGCCGACGGGCGAGGGAAGCAGCAGUGGUCAUUUGAAAAGAAGUGAAAAUGAGGCGAUGGACGAGGUGGUCUCGGUCCCUAUUGUGUCCAGUCAUUCUCACCAGGAGCAAGACACGAUGGACGCAGCAGCGUUGGCAGAGUUUCAGCAUUCAAUGGUGCAAUAUGCGAAGAGCAUGGAUGACUCAGAGGCAGCCAGUGCUUUGGCCAAUUUGGCCAACGUUUCUUCACAUCAUCACCACCACUUGGUAACAACUGCACCCCCUUCGUCCACCUCCAGUGGUAGGGUGGGGGAUCCCGAGAGUGCACUGCUGCAGGAAGCACUCAACUUCAUUGACCAAUCAUCUGCAGCGCCCCCCUCCCUUCCCCACACACUUAACCCCACAGUGGUGGGCUCUAAUAUGAACAGUGCAGUACACCCACAGAGUCUUCCGACUGUGUCGGCAGGUCCUAUCGCUCAUUACCAACAUCAAAAUACUCUUGAAGGAGACAUUUCGAAUGGAACUACCCGCGUGAACAGCACCAUGGCUACCCGUGUUUCCAACUCACAACUAGGAACCAAUUACAACUCAUCUCUGGUAUCUUCAUCCUUCUCAUCAAAUUCUGGACCAGUAGCUCAUCCGGUGCCAACGGACCUCUUGAUGGCAUCUGCUGCUCCUAACUCCUCAGGAAUUGUAACAGGGUUGGUAUCUGCCGCUGCUAUUCAGCAGGGUGUGGUGCCUCUGCAUCAGAAGAGGGACCCCAACUGGAUGGACGUGGGAAUCAUCAAGGGCACUACUACUGUUGUCACUCAUUAUCUCCUACCACAGGCGGGACUAGGCUCAGGAGGACACAACAGCCACUCGCCUCAUGUCGAUGACGAGAUGGGACUGGAUGUGAGCAACUGUGUGCAGGUGGAUCUGCAGCCAGGCACUGCCUACAAACUGAGAGUGGCAGGCAUUAAUGCAUGUGGCAGGGGCGCAUUCAGCGAGGUGGCAGCAUUCAAAACAUGCGUACCUGGUUUCCCCGGCGCCCCAUCUUCCAUCAAAAUAAGCAAGAGCCCCGAAGGAGCUAACUUAAGCUGGGAGCCCCCUCAAAACACGGCCGGCAAAAUCGUCGAGUACUCUGUCUACCUCGCAGUGCGAAACAGUGGCACCACUCCUGGAUCUGCCGACCAGUCGAGAGGAGGGGCUGGAUCAGGAACCGGCCAGCAGAUGGCCUUCAUAAGAGUAUAUUGUGGGGCUGCUCCUGCGUGUACAGUGCACAACUCACACCUGGUUUCAGCCCACAUAGACUACAGCACCAAGCCAUCUAUCAUCUUCAGAAUAGCAGCAAGAAACGAAAAAGGCUAUGGUCCUGCAACACAAGUGAGGUGGCUGCAAGAUGCCUCCAGGGACUCCCUCAUGGCCCCUUCUUCCUCUUCGCCCCACAAGCGCCCAGUUGGACAACCCCUCGUCGCGCCCCAAUCACACUCGCCAGCUGACAUGAAUCCAUAUGCUGAUCAAAAAAUCAAGAGAGGAAAAUUCGACAAGAGUUGAUUGAAGUCAUUUCAAGUUGAAAACAAAUAUAGUUCUUAAUCAAACUUAUUCUUAAGUGUAUUUUUCAAUGCUUUCCUUUUGUACUUGAUAUUUGUGUCGAUUUAGUUUUUGAUUUCUUUCUUUGUCACAGUACGCCAGUAAUUUAAACUGAAUAAAAUUUAGUGUUGAGAUUUGA